AAAUUUUGUGGUGGAAAUGCAAUAGAGAUCGUUUACAUCGAAACAUCCGACCGUCGACUAGUGCUUUGGAACCAUGUUGUUAUUUAUUUGCUAGAUAUAAAUAUUAAGAUUUGAGCUUAGGGGGGUGCUAUUAACAUUUUCACAUUUAUAAACUGUGCUAUGAGAAUUAGGUACGUUAUCGACGGACGCAAGUUAGAAAAAACUCUUUCAUGGAACGCGAAGUUUCUAUAAACUUUUUAAACUCAUUGACAGUUAUUUGUGUUUAAAAAAUACUUUGUAUUUGUUUUUGUGUGUAGUUUGAAAUUUGAUAGUGACUAAUUAAAAAUGGUCGUAUUAAACGGUUUAUUUGUAACUUGGACAAUGGAAUCUAUGUUAGAAUUUACGAUUUUUAUGGGGUUCCUAUAUUGGGUAUUUCCUGGUUUAUUUUCGGAAGGUUUCAAAAGAGUAAACAAAAUGGUAGAUGUAGUAACGAAUCGUGUUUUCGAUACGUACAAUAGAUUCUCACCUUCUAAUACGCACAAUGAAACAUUUGCAACUUUAUCAACGCUGAAUAGAUUUUCCAGAAAUCGGAACUAUAAUAAAAUUAUGACGCGAGAAGCUGAUGCAAAGGCUAGAGAAGAUCAGUUAUUGAAUAUUAAAAACAAUGUUCCAGAAGUUCAGCUUUCGAAAAAACGACCAUUUAUGGGUUUGUGUUGUCAAAAUUGUACACUAACUAGUAGGGAAUCUCUUGUGAGUAAAACCACGGAAUCACUGGUACUAAGGAAUAUUCUGAAUUAUCAACUUCCAACGAAUAGUGGUUUUCUAAAGCACACUUUCUCGCAUUUAUAUCAAAUAUGCCAAAUCAAGACAUAUCAGUAUCCUCAAGUAGCCGACCUCGUACUAAGAAACAAUCGUUUGAAACAAGCUAUCGAAAAAGCAACAGCUGAACAAGUCCAGGAUGCUAAUAAUUCCGACGAAGAAUUUUACCAGAUGUUAUUGAAACGUAACCAAAAACGAGCGAGAAAAUUAUUGUUUGAUAUGAGGUCCACGUUAUCGGAUUUUUUAUUGAAGUUCACAUCUUGGGUUCUAUAUAAACUACUACCUUGUUUCUUAACUUCUGUCGCAGUACAUCCUGGACAAGUGGAAAUGCUGAAAAAAGCUGGAAAAUCGAGUCUUCCUUUGAUUUUCUUACCAUUGCAUAGAUCACAUCUUGAUUAUAUAUUGAUAUCGUUCAUUUUAUUGAACAAUAAUAUAAGAUCGCCCCUUGUGGCAGCUGGUGACAACUUAAGGAUACCAUUUUUUGGGUCUCUACUUCGUGGUCUCGGUGCGUUUUUCAUUAAACGUCGCGUAGAUCCAGUUAUGGGACGAAAAGACCACAUAUACAAAGCUGUUUUACAUUCAUACAUGAAUACAUGCUUAAGAGCCGGACACAAUAUUGAAUUUUUCUUGGAAGGUGGUCGUACAAGAACGGGUAAACCGUGUAUGCCAAAAUAUGGUAUUCUCAGUGUUAUUGUAGAAACAUUUAUGGAUGGUACUAUAGAAGAUGCCCUUUUGGUACCAGUAAGUGUAAAUUAUGAAAAACUCGUCGAUGGCAAUUUUAUUCGGGAGCAAUUGGGACAACCUAAGGAAAUGGAAACUUUCGGAAAUGCAGUCAAGGCCAUAUGGAAUGUUCUAAAUAGUAAUUACGGUAUGAUGAGGAUAGAUUUCAACCAACCUUUUUCAUUGCGGGAACUUGUUAAAACAUUCAACGUUAAUCAAAAAAUGGUACCUUCUGGACACAAAUCUUUACAAACCCAUCCAACUAGAGGGAGUUUAUAUGGCACAGACGUAGUAUCUGAAGAACACAAAUUCAUUGUAGAAAGCAUGUCCAAACAUAUAAUUUAUGAUUGUGCAAAAUCAACUUCAGUAAUGUCUACAAAUGCUGUAGCAUUUUUACUACUUACUAAAUACAGGGAAGGUGUCAGUAUUGAAAGGUUAGUUAUAGCAUUAGAUGAUUUGAAAAAAGAUCUGCAAUAUGCUAGGAGAGAUAUUGGCUUCAGUGGUGAUUCAAUAGAUGUUAUAAAUUAUGCUGUAGAUAUGUUAGGUCCAGGAUUAGUUAGAAAAGAAAAAGUAAAUAAUGAGGAUAUAAUCAAACCUAUAGCGAUAUUACCCAACGUCAUAGAACUAGCAUAUUAUAGUAAUACUUUAGUUACACAUUUUGCUCUUGAAUCGGCAAUUGCGAUAGCGAUAGAGGCUUUAGACACCACAUCUGGUAGUGUGGUUUAUCAAGAUUUAAUGGAAAACGUGCUAGAGAUCUGUGAUAUUUUACAGUUUGAAUUUUUAUUUUGCAAACCAUGCCAAAAUAUUGAAGAAGUCGUUGCCAGCUGCUUAGACGAUUUGUUAUAUAGAAAACAAAUAUUUUUGGUGGAUGAAGAUGAAGAGACAGAUUUAAUUAAAAGAAGCAGACGAUUAGCAAAACAAUUUGAUGAAGACAAUGAAGAAGAAAAAUUUCCACAGAAAAUAUAUAAAAUGAAUCCCAAUAAAGAAGCAGUAGACAUUUUAAAAUAUUUGAGAGUACCUAUUAUACCUCUAUUGGAAACUUAUGCUAUCACUGCUUUUACAUUGGAGAAAUUAGUUGGUCGACAGCUGUUUGAAAAUGAAUUGAUACAUGAAGUAUUAGAAGAAAUGAAGGCAGAGUUAUCUUGUGGUGGUAUAAAAUAUGCUGAAAGUAUAUCUGUUGAUACAAUAAAAAAUGCCCUAAAACUUUUCCAAGAUUGGCAUAUACUAGAGUGCCAUUCAGAGAAGAAAUUGAGGCUAUACUAUCUUGUAGAAGAACGAGAUGAUUCUGAUUCCGUUUUAGCUCUAUACCAGCGAAUAGAAAGAUUCUUAUAAAAUAAAUGAAUUCUUGUAUAUAUGGAUGAAGAAAACCAACGGUAUUAUUUCACUUGAUGUUUAUUAUUACUUACAAAAUAGUAAUCUGGAUCAUUCAACAACACAACUAGUAGUUUGUAACUUGGGCAAAGGUAAAAAAGAUUUAGAGUCUGUAUAAAUUCAAAAAGAGGGAGAUAGAUGGUAAAAUAAUUCUUGAAUCGGUUGCUGUAUUCGUUAAUACGCUCAUUUUGUGACAAGUUGUAAUCUAUCAAAAUUAUUGUAACAAUAAAUUGCUGCAUUUGCAACAUCAGUAAUUUUAGAUAUAUCAUUUAAUAACACGUGUCAACACAAAAUUUGACUUUGACUCCAAUGUGUAAAAUUUCCAUUGUUUAGGUCGUAAUUACACGAAAAAAAAUACAUAUAACAUAAAAUAGUUUGCUCUUGUGUUUAGAAGAUCGACUAAACGAUAUUUUUUAAAAUUUGUGGUUUUAAUGUUUAAUUGAGGAGAGUACAAUAAAUGUGUUUCUAAUUUUCAUCAAGCUUUACUAUCAAAAUAGCUCACAAAAAAGUGAAAAAUACUUAGCUUACACUUUUACUUUUUCUUAUAUGUUCAUAAGUACUUUCUCUAUAAUCCCCAAAUAGACCAGUGGAGGUUUGAAUAUAUACUAUACAAUUAGAAAACAAUAGUUUUUUUUCUUUGAAUAGAAAUUUUUUCUUAUUUCAAUAUGUUUUCAAAAAAUGUAUAUAUUUAUAGCCUUUGAUCACUGCAUGUAAUAACGUACAAACGUACCAAACAUUAUGUUCCAAAUUCAAUUUUUAUUUAUUCCAUAAUCGUAAGUUGUUAUUGUUUUUAAAUAUAUUUUUAUCUAUGAUUCACUGAAAAAUGGACGGAAUAAUUUUUCUGUAAAUAAGGUUUGUUAUUUAGUUUACAUAUUAUUUUAAAUAAUUUAUUAGAAUGAAAUUGUUCACAAUAAUUAGCAUAGAGCUAGAAAUUUUCACAAUUAUCUCCCAUCAUGUUUUCAUUGUAUUGGCCUUGAUAACGCUUAUAAUGUCCUGAUGAAAACGUUCUCCUUGCUCUUCUGAAUACGCUCUCUUAUUGUUUUUAAAUUUAUCUAAAUGGGUGUGGAGCAUAUGAACUUUCAAUGACAUCCUGCAGCCUCAUGGCAGUAAACUUUUUUAGCAUAUCUUCAACUAACUUUUCGUAGUUUUCAACUUCGUUUUUCCUAAAAAUCCAGAAACUACUGUUUAAAAACUGUUCUAGCUUUAAGUACGAUUCAGUAACUUCUGAAAUUGUUUAUCAGCGAAAAUUUGCCUAAUUUGCGAACCAACAAAACCACUGCUUUAACCUUUGCUUCUGAUAACUUAGGAAAAAACUUUUUCAACUAUCCAAAAGCUUCUGAGGUUUGAUCGAACUUUUUAACAAAUUGUUUCAUCAACCCUAGCUUAAUGUGUAGAGGCGGCAUUAACACUUUUUCCAAUUCAACAAUUGAAUCAUAUUUUAGGUUUUAUUUUCCGACACAAAAUUCUGUUCUUACAGGCCAUGACUGUUGAAUCUAAUGCUUAGCAUCCGCUCUGUAGUCCCAUAAAAAAUCCGACCAAUUUGAAAUCUCCAAUCGGCUGCCAAUUAUACUUGUCAUAAUUUACUAAUUUAAGCAAAAUUUUAACACUUUGAUAAUUAUCUUUUAAAUGUACGAAAUGGAAGAGAUGGAAAUUAAUUUUCGUUGUGUAAUGAAACAGCUUUUAAGCUUUUUAUAAAGUUGCCAAUGAAUAAACGCCAUUCGCUAGGAAUGCCAAUUUCUUCGAACAUACCUUUUAUUUUGUUACAAAAACAAAGUCAAUUUUCUUAAAAAAUGUUUCAUGCUAAGUUCGCUGAUCAUUGUGAUAUUAACAUCAGCAUGUAAGUUCCACUGUUUUAAACGAGAGCCUAAAAGCUCUGCUUUAUUUUUUGGUAAUUUCAUAUCUCUUAUUAAGUCGUUAAAAUUUUCUGUAGUUAUAAGAUGGUGUUUUAGUGGUUUUGGUACAGGUAAAAAUGCCUUAUCAGAAUUACUUCUAUUAAAAUUAAGCGAUGAGCUACUUUGUUUAAGAUAAGUUUUUUUUCGAUGGAUCAAGUACUGGUCAUCUUAGGUCAUGUACACUUGGAGCAGUAGAAGAUUCAAGGUCGGGAUAUUCAAUAGGUUUUGUAUUUUUUCCUCUACGUCUUUGACUUGGAUUUACAAUGCAAAAGUAGCAGUCAUGGAUGUGGUCUUACGGUUCUCGCCAUAUUCUUGGUAUUCCAAAUUUCAUAGACCUUUUCUCACUUCAAUACUAACCUGAAAUAAAGUUAUAAAAAUUAAUAUAUCUAUAAGAUUUGAUUUAAAGAUAAAUUAAAUAUAGCCCACCUUCCAAACAUCUUUUACUAUAACUACAAGCAACAUGUGGAGCCCAUGUGAAUGUAAAAACCCUACUCUGAUCACGCAGUAUUUUCAAAUAUGUUACAACUAAUUGAAAUUAAUAAAAAAUUAAAAUGAGUAUUAUUUCUAUAAGGAUCACAAAAGCAAACUUUAUAUUUAAAAAAGGUAUUUUCUUUUCGUUUUUGUGUAUACUUGACCGAAAAAUCAUAAUAUAAACUUUAGAACCAGGAACGAAAAUUUUUUUGUUGAAUCGUGUAAUUAAUCUUUGCUUUAUUGGUGCAUUUGUACUUCAUGAGCUUAAUAUUAUAUAAACGAAUAAGUGUUAAUCUACCUAUAUGACACAUUUUGUGUUUUGUUGUAGAGACAUUGAUAAAUAAAAUUAUUCUAUUGACUCAAAUAUAUUCUUCAAUAGUAUCUGUGAGUUAGUGACAAUACUGUUAAGUACCCAUACCAUAUAUUAGUUUAGUAAUAGGUUUGAAGUUCUGUAUAAUUUUGUACAUUAAGAGUUAUGUGGUUGCGUUUUUUUUUAUACAAAUUGCUAAAAGAAUACUGCAUUUUAUUAAUGUGGAAUACUGUGAUACAUGAUUUGAUAUGUUGUCGAAUUGGUAUUUUCUUAUACAUAAAAGUUAUUGAAUAAUAAAUACUUUGAUAACAAUAA